ACACACACACACACAUACACACACUACGGGGACCCGCCAAACACACACACACUCAAAUAGACACAUGACAGGCCUGCUAGCUGAAUUGUGUCGCCAGUGUUGUUAGCACUGGGUUGUUGUAAUCAUGUUUGUGGCGCGUAGUAUCGCUGCGGAUCAUAGAGAUCUGAUCCACGAUGUGUCGUAUGAUUUCCACGGCCGGAGAAUGGCAACGUGCUCCAGUGACCAAAGUGUUAAGGUUUGGGACAAAAGCGAAAAUGGAGCGUGGCACUGCACAGCAAGCUGGAAGACACACAGCGGUUCAGUGUGGAGAGUGACCUGGGCUCAUCCAGAAUUUGGGCAGGUUCUGGCUUCCUGCUCCUUUGACAGGACAGCUGCUGUGUGGGAAGAGAUUGUAGGCGAGUCCAAUGACAAACAGAGAGGAUUGAGCCACUGGAUAAAGAGAACCACACUGGUGGACAGUAGAACGUCAGUGACUGAUGUGAAAUUUGCCCCCAAACACAUGGGCCUGAUGUUGACCACCUGCUCUGCGGAUGGAGUGGUGAGAAUUUACGAGGCUCCUGAUGUGAUGAACCUGAGUCAAUGGUCCCUGCAGCACGAGAUCUCCUGCAAGCUCAGCUGCAGCUGCAUUUCUUGGAAUCCCUCCAGCUCUCGUGCACAUCCCCCAAUGUUUGCAGUUGGGAGUGACGACAGCAACGUGUCAUACGGUGGGAAAGUUCAGAUCUAUGAGUACAAUGAAAAUACAAGGAAAUAUGCCAAAGCAGAGACGCUGAUGACCGUCACUGAUGCAGUCCAUGACAUUGCAUUUGCUCCAAACCUGGGAAGAUCCUUCCAUGUCCUUGCCAUAGCAACGAAAGAUGUCAGAAUCUUUAAGCUUGUUCCUAUGAGGAAGGAUAGCACCUCAACAGGACCCACGAAGUUUGAAGUGCAAAUUAUGGCUCAGUUUGACAACCACAACUCCCAGGUGUGGCGUGUGAGCUGGAACAUCACCAGCACCCUGCUGGCCUCCUCGGGAGAUGAUGGCUGUGUGCGGCUCUGGAAAGCAAACUACAUGGACAACUGGAAGUGCACGGGCAUCCUGAAGGGAGACGGCAGCCCGCUCACCAGCUCAUCUGGUCAGCCCACAGCCAUGAGCACCAUUGUGGGCUCCUCUGUUCAGACACCUCAGAAUGCACUGAACGGGAUGUCUGCAGGAAGGAUUGGCAAGAGAGCUCCAUUUUCCCCUCCCCUGCAACAGCUGACUUCUCCAAAGAUUUACAUGGAUCCUGCGUAUCAAUAAUGUCUCCUCUGCAUCAGCUACCAUUUGCCCUCUUUGGAAUGCAUCACAAAUGUGUCUGUUAUGUCGUAGCUCAAUACAUGGGAGUUACUUCUGUUCAUGGCUUCAACUUUGCUGUGAUUACAAAAUGAUGUCUGGUGGGUUCACCUCUUUGAAUAGGCCCUUUUGAAAUCAUAAUCUUGUAGAGCACAAAAUCCAUCCUUACGCCUUUGAUUUCUCAUCUUUACUUCCUUUUACGUGUUUUCCCCCUGUAUUCCAUUGUUUU